GUUACAAAGUUCAAGAUAAACCUAUUGAUGCCUAUUUUUUAAUACUUUCUGUUAAAACCUAUAUUACAAAAAUGAAAAUAUAUCCAUUCAUAACGAUUCUCUUUACAUGGUCAUUGUAUUGGCCUUCAACAAUGAAUGUCUAUUGUGCCAAUAUCAAUGAUGUCGAUGUCAACACGCUCAAACUUGUCAUUUUAAUUCAUCGUCAUGGUGAUCGAACACCGAUCGAAACAUAUCCACGUGAUCCUUAUCGUGAUGGUUCAAAAUAUUGGCCUGAUGGCUGGGGCCAAUUGACAUCGAAUGGAAAAAAUAGAAUGUACAAUUUAGGAUUAUAUCUAUCUAAACGUUAUAGCAAUUUUCUUGGCCAAACACCGCAUGAAGUAUCUAUUCGUAGUUCAGCAUCUGAUCGUUGCCUGGAAAGUGUUGAAUUAAUUCUCGCUGCAUUAUAUCCGCCUGUUGGACGAUGGAAAUGGAAUGAUAAUUUUGGUCAAAAAUGGCAACCAUUUCCCAUACAAACAGUUCCACAUGAAAAUGAUGGGAUGUUAUAUCCAGAAUCUAAAUGUAGAAAAGCCGAACGAAUUGAAGCGGAUAUAUAUAAAUCGGAACCAGUCCUCAAAUAUUAUAAUCAAAUGAAGUCAACAUUAUUAUAUGUACAAGAUAAUACUGGUUAUGAAAAUGUUGAUCUUAUAAAAGCGGAAGAAAUAUUUGAUUCAUUAUUGAUUGAAAAGAUGAAUGGUUAUAAAUUACCAGCUUGGGUUGAUUCGAAUGUAUUUGCUAAACUUAAAGAUAUUGCCGAUAAAACAUUCAUAUUCGCUGGAAUGACAAGAGAGAUUCAAAGAUUUCGUACCGGAUUACUACUAUCCAAUAUAUGGCAACAUAUUUCCAAUCAUGAAUCUGUGGAUAAUGAUGAACGUCGUCUUUAUAUCUAUUCGACGCAUGAUAACCAAUUAUCCGUUUUUAUGAGUGCAUUGAACAAUUUCAAUGGUUUAUCACCACCAUUCGGAUCAUCGAUUAUGAUCGAGAUACAUCAUAAUCAUACGAACGAACCAUUUAUCAAGAUGUUUUAUUUGAAUGAAACUGAAAAAGAAAAACCUUAUCCUCUAGAAUUGAAUGAUUGCAUACGAAUCGGAUCGAAUCAGGACCAUUGUACCAUUUCAAAUUUUUACGAAACAAUCAAAGAUCUAUUACCAGACAACUGGGAUGUUGAAUGUCAGAAUCAAUCACAAUCUACCGAAGCUGAUCCAUUAAGUAUUUAUCUACUUUUAGUCACCAUUUCAUUGACCAUAUCUGUAAUGUUAUUUUUUAUAUAUCUAAUUUUAAACCACCGACGUUAUGGAUCAUCAUAUCGAUUGUUACCCAUAAAUAGUUGAUAUUUAAAAUAAGUGAUAAUUGAAAAAUUGUUUUAAAAAUUUUUAUUUAUUUUCUUUUGAAUAAAAAAUAAUAAAUCAAUAUGAAAAAAUGCCAAAAGUAAUACCUGUGUGAAAAUUCAGAAAAAAAUAAACAAAAUUAAUGAUUUGAAUAAAAUUAAAUCAAUAAAUUGAACAACAAAACAAA